GGAGAACGGGUGAAUGAGAGAGAAAGACAGGUUGAGCGCAUGCACACUUGUAGUUCAAAACUAAGAGCAUGCAGCAAACUCUUUCACUCUGCACUUCAACACAGGGGUCAGUGGUUAUUGUGAAUAUGACAUUGUGAAGACUUUUUCAUCUGAGCUUAGUGCUUAAGGACAUGCUAAUAAGACUGAUUCACUGCAACAGGGGUCUGUCCUGAAUGUGUUCAGCAAUCAACGGUGUACUUCCCCUGAGGAUCAGCUGUGAGGGACUGGCAAACCCUGGAAGACUGCAUGGGGAGGUGUCAAUGUCCACCAAUGUCACUGGAUUCAGGGCACAACGUUCCCCCCAGCAUUUGGAUAUGGACUUGGCCUGGCAGGAACUGAUGGCCAUCACAGAACUUCAGGAGUUUGAGGUACCCAAUGAGAAUCCCUUUGAAGCUAUUCCAUACCUGUCCAUGGAGCCCAUGGUUUCUCAAGGAGGGUUCGGGAUGAGUCAACCACAGCCAGAAUCCAUUCCAGCCACUUGUGAUGCCCAUCCUGCUGCGGUCUAUGAAAGUGCAUACCCGGAAAUGAUGCCACCCUAUCAGCGUUUAAACCCACACAUGGAUAUGCACUACAGCCUCCCUGUACACAGUGGCCACGGUUCCUCCAGAAUGAUUACGAAUACGCAAGCUCUUCAUCCUCCUCUCAUGAGUCUUUUGGAGCACAUGAACAUGACACGCGGUCAUGGUAUUACGAAAGAUGCCGUUAUCAACCUUCAUUGCACAGGACAAAUCAAACAGGCUUGCGCAGAUGAUCCUGAGUCAGAUUCCGGUUUGUCGCUUGGUUCGAGCCCACCGCUGGCCUCUCCUGAGAAUGCAGUGCAUGGAGUACCUUCGUACUUACCUGCAGAUGGUACGAUGGGCUACACCGAAAACGAAAGUAUUGGGGAACAAUGUCGCAUGCAGCCAAGUUUGCUCGGGUCUGUCGACUACCAGCAGUCGUACAGUUCAUACCCUGGAACUUCUUUUCCCACACCUGCAAAUAUGCAACCCAUCAACCAGCAGACUUACCAACCAAUUGCAUCAGUGAAGCAACUAGUUUUACCCACAGCCCUGCAUGACCUACAACUGAACGGCUCAGGUUUAACAAGACUGGGUGCAUAUCAAUCUAUGUACUCAAAACCAAAAUCAAGCAGUGUUCCCGUACCCCUGAGCAGAGAUGAGAGGCGAGCCCUCGCUCUCAAAAUACCGUUCGCACUGGACAAGAUUGUGAACCUACCAGUGGAUGACUUCAAUGAGCUCUUGACACAAUUCACACUGAGUGAUGCUCAGCUGGCACUUGUGAGGGACAUUCGCAGACGAGGGAAGAACAAAGUUGCUGCUCAGAACUGCCGCAAGCGGAAGUUGGAGAAUAUUGUGUAUUUAGAAAACGAGUUGGGACAGCUUAGAGCCCAAAGAGAACAUUUAACCAGAGAGAGACUGGAGUUUCAGCAAAACCUAGCCAUCAUUAAACAUCGGCUCUCAGAUCUUUACACCCAAGUGUUUUCACAGCUACGUGAUGAGGAGGGACACCCUUAUUCAGUUGAUGAGUAUUUACUACAACAAACUAAUGAUGGCAACAUUUACUUAGUGCCACGGAAUACAGCCCUGGAGGGUGAAUGAACUGAUGUUCAUUUUGAAAUGUGCAAGUCACCCAUAGAUGGACAACUAAACUCUUGAGGUUCCUACACUUGACAGAUUAAUAACUUCAAAUCACUUGUCAUGAACAAAAUCUCUCUCAUAGUAAUUUUUAGGACAGAACUACAAGAUACGUGUAACUACACAAAUUAUGAAGUGUUUAAGACUAAGACACUCCCAAACUUUUAUGAAGUACACUGCAAGUGAUGUUAAAUAUUUUUUGUACAUUUAAAUAUUGGUCUAAAACCUAGAAUCAGUAUUAUGUCCAACAAACAUGCUUUAAGUAAACAGGUUCUACACAAGACAAAUCAAAUCAUUUGUAGCAUUAAAAGUUUUAUUGGUAAAAAAGGUAAAAAACAGGUAAUAAAAAUAAAAUCUCUUCAGCUGCAUUUUGGUCCUAGAAAAGAGAACAAGUCUGAGGUUUGGAAUAUUGUAAACAAGAUUAAUACUGCAUUACAAGAGCAAGUACCUUUUAUAAUUUCACCAGUUUAGACAGACAAUUGUCUUUCCAUUUCGAGAGAUGAUUUUCACUCAUCAGAUCCUGUAAAAGCAAGAGUAACAUGGUCAGCACAUUAAAUAUAGAACACAAAAAAAACCACAAGUGGGCAUGCAUUAAAAGGGUUUAAGGUCUACAAAAUCUUGUGCACCAAACUAUGCUGACUGCAGUUACUUCCCCUGUAAUACACACAACACUGAAUGGGAAGUUCACAUUAACUGUACAGCCUAUGCUAAUAAAAUGUUAAACAGUUA